AUGAUGUCGGUGCCUCAGCGGAGAGCGUCGGACGCAGAGGGCGUGAGAACGCGUGCGAAAGCUCCCGCCCUCGGACGUCCCAGCCUCCUCGGAACGUCCGAUCACACAACCAGCGGGCGCAACGCCGCUCAGCCACAGCAGCUCGUGCCCUGCGGCUCACAAGAACGCGGCGCAACGCGCUAUAAAUACGCCGCAGGCGCGAGCCAGUGGAAGCAAUAA